UAAACGAACACAUCGUGGCAUUCCCGACGGCUCCCAUUCCCUUCCACCACCAGAUCGGGAUCGGAUCUCGACCUCAAUCCGUCCUCGUCUUCGGCAUGGGGAAGAAGGCAGUCUUGAUCGGGUGCAACUACCCGGGCACCAAGGCCGAGCUGCGCGGUUGCAUCAACGACGUCAAGCGCAUGCGCCUCUGCUUAGUGGAGCGCUUCGGGUUCGCCGAGGACGACAUCACCGUCCUCAUCGACACAGAUGACUCCUACACCAUGCCUACCGGAGCCAACAUCCGCCGCGCCCUAGCUAGCCUCGUCGCCGACGCCCAGCCAGGGGACAUCCUCUUCGUGCACUACAGCGGCCACGGCACCCGCGUCCCAGCCGAGACCGGAGACGAUGACGAUACGGGCUACGACGAGUGCAUCGUGCCCUGCGACAUGAACCUCAUCACUGAUGACGAUUUCAGAGAUUUUGUGAACAAGAUUCCGGUGGGGUGCAAGAUCACGAUUGUUUCUGAUUCUUGCCACAGUGGGGGCCUCAUCGAUGAAACCAAAGAGCAAAUUGGCGAUAGCACCAAGCAGGACGAGGACAGUUCUGAUUCUAACUUCAGCUUCAGAUCCUUCUUGAAACAAACAGUUCAAGAUGCAUUCAAAGGCCACCACCAUGCCGAUGAUGAUACUGACCGAGGGUAUGAUGCAAAUGAUUACAUCAAGAGUCGGUCGCUGCCUCUUUCCACAUUGAUCGACAUGUUGAAGCAAAAGACUGGGAAGGAAGACAUUGAUGUUGGGAAAAUCAGGCCAACCUUGUUUGAUGUAUUUGGUGAUGAUGCGAGCCCAAAGGUGAAGAAGUUCAUGAAUGUCAUCAUGAGCAAACUGCAGCAAAAUAGUGGAGAAGGUGGGUUCAUGAGCAUGGUUGGUAACCUGGCACAGGACUUUCUGAAGCAUAAACUAGACGAGAAUGACGAAGGGUACAUGAAGCCAGCACUAGAAACCAAAGUGGAAAACAAACAGGAAGUCUAUGCCGGAGCCAAGCGGGAUAAGCACCUGGACAAUGGCAUUCUGAUCAGCGGCUGCCAGACCAAUCAAACAUCUGCCGACGCCACACCACCUGGUAGUGUAGAUGGAUCGUAUGGAGCCCUCAGCAAUGCAAUUCAGACCAUUCUGAAGGAGACAGGAGGUAAUAUUUCAAACCAGCAGCUGGUGAUGAAGGCAAGGACUUUGCUAUCCAGGCAAGGGUUUGCGCAGCAGCCUGGUCUCUACUGCAGUGACAAUCAUGUCGAUGAUCCUUUCGUCUGCUGAGAAGAGAUGUUGAAUUGAAGGGUGGUUGCUAUUGUGUUUGUGAUUUUGGCAUGAUCUAAAUAAGUUGCUAAAAAUGUUGAAGUGUUGCUGUUGUGUUUGUGGUUUUGGCAUAAUUCAAAUAAGUUUGUAAAAUGUUGUACUUAGAAUCUCUUUUCAGUGUGUGAAUUGUGAAACAUGGAAGAUUGCUAAGAAAGUUUAUACUCAUAAAUAAAGUGAUUAUAGGUGAGUUAUCGAUA